AUGACCAGCCAGUCUCAGGGGAUCCACCAGCUCUUUCAGGCAGAUAAAAGGGCCAAGGACAAGCUAGACGAAGCAAAAAAAGAAAAAGGGAAAAGGUUGAAACAAGCUAAGGAAGCAAUGGCAGAAAUUGACCAGUACCAAAUGCAGAAAGAUAAAGAGUUUCAGAAACAGUCUAAGAUAAUGGGCUCUCAGAGUAAUCUCACAGAUGAAAUAGAAGAGCAAACUCUAGGGAAGAUACAAGAACUGAAUGGAAGCUACAACAAGUACAUGGAGAGUGUGAUGAACCAGCUUCUGAGCAUGGUCUAUGACAUUAAACCAGAAACCCAUGUGAACUGCAGACCCAGCAACUAA